UUCUCACACUUUUUGCAUUGCAAUGUGACACUGAAAACUACUGACUGGAUGGUACGGUGUAGAGCCACUACAUGAGAACGAUAUAUAUGUAAGGUUUCGAACGAAGUAAUUGCGUCUGGCGAACCGUCUUACAGUCAUUUUCUGCACCACCACUACAAAAUGUCCCAAAAAGAUCCCUGUCAGAAGCAAGCAUGUGCAAUACAGAAAUGUUUACAAGCUAACAAGUACAUCGAGAGCCGAUGCGAGGAUGUGAUACGAGAGAUGCGGCGGUGCUGUGCGGCCCACGCUGGAGAGGAGUCGGUCUGCUGCUCCGGUUUUGCAAAAGAUCAGAAGACAGAAACGGAGAGGAAAACGUGAAUUUGCGCAACUCAAGAGAGCUGUUCAUAUUAUAUUUAACACACGCGUC